AUUAAGUUAAAGCCGGCGAGCAAAUGCAAAAGUGUUUUGCGCGAUUAUGACUAUUGAUAGGCAUGUAAGCAGAGGGGUCGGGCUCAAAGUAUCUUUUCAAUGGGAUUUAGUUCGACGCUGCAGCAGCAACAGGGUGCUUUCACUUUGUCCACUGACUCAGUCUGACAUAGCACGAAAAUCUUUGACAUUUUUCACAUUUUUGCUAAAGAAGCCGACCUUGCGCGCUCGUGCUCUGCAUUGGCUACGCUGCACAUUUCGGAGCGGAGCACAAAUAUAGCGCGGAGAGACUUGUUGCUCGCGUAUCUUUGGCGUUUAUUCCCCAGCUUCUGUGCACGUCUCACCCGAUUCACCCUAGUCUGCUCCAGGCUUCGGCUUGGAGGUCCCAACCGCCACCAUUGAUCCCAGCAGCUGGAGCGGCAGUGAAAGCUCUGCCGAGGAUAUCGAGAGGAUGAGCGACUCGGCAGACAAGCCCAUGGACAACGAUGCUGAGGGGGUGUGGAGUCCUGAUAUAGAGCAGAGCUUCCAGGAGGCACUGGCCAUCUACCCGCCCUGUGGACGGCGCAAAAUCAUCCUCUCGGAUGAGGGCAAGAUGUAUGGUCGGAAUGAGCUGAUUGCCAGAUACAUUAAACUCAGAACCGGGAAGACAAGGACACGGAAACAGGUGUCUAGUCACAUACAGGUCUUAGCAAGAAAGAAAGUUCGAGAAAUCCAAGCUGCCAUCAAGGUGUCUAGUCACAUUCAGGUUCUUGCCAGAAGGAAAUCUCGCGAAUUUCAUUCCAAGCUAAAGGUGACAAGCAUGGAUCAGAGCGUGAAGGACAAAGCUCUUCAGAGCAUGGCCUCCAUGUCCUCGGCCCAGAUCGUCUCUGCAACCGCCAUCCACAACAAGCUGGGUCUUCCGGGCAUCCCGCGUCCCGCCUUCCCCGGAGCAGCAGGGUUUUGGCAGGGCAUGAUAUCCACGGGCCAGCCUGGAUCCUCACAAGACAUCAAGCCAUUUGCUCAGCAAGCGUACCCUAUCCAGCCAGCAGUCACAACUACAAUCUCAAGUUAUGAGCCCCCGACAGCGCCGGCUCCCACAGUGCCCGCCUGGCAGGGCCGAUCUAUCGGCACAUCUAAACUCAGACUGGUGGAGUUCUCCGCUUUUCUUGAGCACCAGAGAGAUCCGGAUUCUUAUAACAAGCAUCUUUUCGUGCACAUCGGUCAGACAAAUCACUCUUACAAUGAUGCCUUGCUCGAGUCAGUGGACAUUCGUCAGAUUUAUGACAAAUUCCCUGAGAAGAAAGGAGGGCUGAAGGAAUUGUUCGGCAAGGGUCCUCAGAAUUCAUUCUUUCUCAUAAAGUUCUGGGCUGACUUGAACUGCAACAUUCAGGACGAAACUGGGGCUUUCUACGGAGUGACCAGUCAGUACGAGAGCCCAGAGAACAUGACCAUCACCUGCUCCACGAAGGUUUGCUCGUUUGGCAAACAGGUCGUGGAGAAAGUGGAGACAGAGUACGCUCGCUUUGAGAACGGACGCUUUGUUUACCGGAUAAGUCGAUCUCCCAUGUGUGAAUACAUGAUCAACUUCAUCCACAAACUCAAACACCUGCCUGAGAAAUACAUGAUGAACAGCGUCCUGGAGAACUUCACCAUCUUAUUGGUGGUAACAAACAGAGACACACAGGAGACCCUGCUGUGCAUGGCCUGUGUGUUCGAAGUAUCAAACAGCGAGCACGGAGCCCAGCAUCACAUCUACAGACUAGUGAAGGAAUGAAGCAGCUCUUUCACACAGACUCUGGACCUCAGUACAGUGGCAGUGCCUCUAGCUCAACACUCACUCAAGAUGAUUUUCCGUCACAAUUGGGUGAUGCUUAUGAUUAUAUAUAUAUAUAUAUAUAUUUUCUUUAUUAAUAUGUGUUUGACGUUUAACUGCAGCUGUGAAUUGCGGUACAGUUGUCUUAUGUUUUAAUAUGGGAAAGAAUGUCAGAGAAUGCAGAAUAAACAUUCAUCCGUAGACUAUACACAUAAAGUGACAGUAUCAUUCAACUUAAAGGAUAGGUUGAGUUAGAACGAAUCUGAAAACGACCUCAUUUCGGAAGCGUACACAUCUGAAAGCGUAUGGGUGCAGCCUUGUGUGUGUGUGUGUGCGCGCGUGUGUGUGUGUGAGUAGGAUGUAGGUGUACAGAUGUAUAUACAUUCUCACACACGUAGGUAUUUUUCCCAAAGAAAAAGUAUUUGAGAAAUUUCAUUCAGUAACAUUGAUUUAUUAAAAAGAAAUCUACUGUAGGUGUUUAAAAAAAAAAAAAAAAAAAAAAAAAAAAAAAAAAAAAAAAGAUUCUUGUGGCCAUCGGAAAAAACAAAACCAUUCCAAACAUUCCGAGAAUUCAGGGAAUUCUGAAGCCCAGCCCUUGAAAAGAAUUACUUUGUACACACUACUUUUUCGUUGAGGAAUUACUACACUGUGAUACGAGACGUUUAUACCAACCUGUGUCUGUUGUCGCGUGUCAUCGCCUGCAAUAAGAAAACGCAGAGAAUCGACCCCUUACUGUUGACUGUACAGCUUGUGUAAAAAGUAACUCUAGAAACAAGAAGCACUGCAUUAACUACCAGGGCUUGAUGGAUUAUCCAUCAGAUUGACCCGAGCACUUGGAUCCCCUCGUCGGACAAGCCUUAGAGCGUGUUUGCCGCUGGAAAGCCACACUUUUCACGAAGCCCAUCCCUGAACGUGCUUGUACGUCACGGAGCGCUCCUUCAUCUUCUGUAAGAAUCUGUCCCAGAGUUCCUCGCUGCCUUUGACGUCCCCACACAGCCCAUCUCUCUGUGGCCUAAUCGAUUUCUACGACUGCAAGCCUUAAUAACGGUUGUGUGAACUCCAAAAGAUGCCACUAAAGCUGUGACCUCUUUCCUAAGCUGGAAGACUUUCUUAUUGUCACAUGUUGUAGGAAUUGUACAGUACACACCUGCCAAAGUGUAACAAUAUACAGCACAGUGCCUUAGUGUAUGAAGCGAACGUGGAUGAGCACAGUCGUUUUUCGGGAAACAGUAACACUAAAGGUGCGGUCACACUUGCUUCUUCGUUUCGAUAGGAAUUUGCGCGAUUUGGAAGAAUUUUUAUUAUUUUUCCGAGUUCGCCGCACUGACCAUGCUUGGUUUGAAAGUGACUUGGCCACGCCGCUGUUUCGCCCGCUAAAUUUUGCAGUUUCGCAAAUGUGACCGCACCUCGAGAAUCGAAACGUGUCACCUUUAUAAAAGAGCACUGGCCAUUCGGUUGACCUUUCACUCUCAGAGACGGAAGACAUAUUUAGAAAUACAGAUCUUGCCUUUCUUAUCCGAAAAGACCAAAAAGUUGAAGGAGACGCAUCGAGCUCCUCUUUAUUUCCUGCACUGUAGCAUGAAAGUGCCUUUGGUUCUGAUUUUCCAGCUUAGAAAAGACAGAUGUUUUUUUGCGUUCUUAAGAUGAUCAAAAACCAAAAAAAAAAAAAAAAAAAAGUGGAUGUAGGUCAAAUAUUCACCACAUUGCCUUUCAUGAGAAUUUUAUAGAAAAAUCAACAUGGGCUAGUGUGUGGAAAUAAAGUUAUGUAAUAAUUAUUAAUAACAAACUUCUAUCAGCAUUUGAUUUGGUGGAUGUGGCAAACUGUCAUUUUUUUUGUUUUGUUAUUUUGUUCUGUUUCCUUUCGAACUAUGAACCGUUCCGUUCUGCGAGAGAUUUAUUCCACAUAGAGCUUUAGCUACUUUUCUAGCGCGUGAUCGAAUCGUAAAAGGCGGGAAAACCUCACGGCGCCGUGGAGAUUACGACCGCCGUUCGGCGUUUGCCUCUACUUUGUUUAAAGCCAUUUCAAUGUCUUUUUUUUUUUAAAUAUAGAACCUCUAUAUAAAGAGACGUCGAGGCGUGUCGCUCCUCAGACCUUUAAGAGAGUCAAGGAUAUUAACCGCGGAGUCGCGUGUAAUCUGGCUUCACCAAACCAUAUCACCUUCACUGCGUAAUUUAUUCGUGCUGUUCAUUUAAGUGGACCGAGCCCUCAAAGCGCGAGAGACUAAGUUAGAUUUACAGCUGUGUGUGUGUGUGUGUGUGCGUGUGCGUGCGUGCGUGCGCGUGCGUGCGUGUUGUAGCGCUUCAAGUAAACUGUGGAGUUAUUAAGUGCGCGAUAUCAAAGCGUUCUCGUUCACGUUUCAUAUAGAGAUCUUCCUGUAUUGUUCUACAUGUAACGUUACGCGAUGGUUUUGUGACGACGUCAGUAUAUGAUACUGUUACCGCUGCGCUGCUGGCGCGUCCGCUACGUCAGUUCCUGUUUAACAGCCCCCUUCACUUCUCCAGGGGCCUGAGAACUAAUGCCUUUUAAUAUGAUGAAUGUUAAACGGACAUUGCUUUGCUGGUAACGGACACUAAGCAAGGAUUCGGACUGCAGUAUGUCAGCAGUUUAGCUUCUGUUUUUUGAUCUCUGUUUGUAUUUCGUCUAUGUGUAGGUACUGGUACCUCCUAUGUUCAUUACCAUUUAAGAUGUUGGCUUUAAAGUGAACUUUUCUCUAGUUCGGAUAGUAUCAUAAAAAAAAAAAAAAGAUAUUGGGUUUGUGUGCAGAGAUUUUUUUUGUAAAAAGGUGCUUUGUAUAAAAUUAUAUAUUCUGGCUUUUCUUGGUACAAAGGUGUGAUAUCUUUUAAUAUCCUUGAUGAUGGGGAGAAAAAAAAAAGCGUUGGAGCAAGGCUGAGAGAGAAAAGAAAAAAACUAUUAUUAGUGUGUACUUUAUCGCAUAUGGUCUUGUCUUUGCUCCGUAACAUUUUGAUGCCUUCUUGAUAAAGUGGUAGAUAUUUUGUAGCUUUCUAGAUACUUUGUAUGUAUACAAUAUUGAAUAAAAUAAGUAAUUAAAAGAG